AUGCACGAACUCCUUCCCAUUUUGAGACAGGUAUUUCCUGCCGCAUCCGCAUACGAUACACUUUCCUCGGUCACUCAAGCAAACGCAGAAGGAUUUCGAGUUCAGUUCGAAGAAGAAGAUCAUGUUGGCAUCAAUGAUGUAUUCAUCAAGAAAGUAGACGCAAGUACAUAUGCUUCCAAGAGUUGGCCUGAUUUUCGACGAACCUUGAUGUAUCUACGAACUGAAGUCUUGUUCUACAAAAAGCUGCUCCCAGAUCUAAAAGAACGAGGCUUUCAUGCGACACCGGACAUCUUACUAGCUGAUUUUGACUUGAAAGGAUUAAUUGAUGAGGAUGAAAAGGCAACAGAUCAAAGUAAACCUGAGCCAGAAAACUGGAUUGUAGAAGGGAAAGGAGGGCACAUUAUUAUGGAGGCAAUUGGCAAUCCCUACUAUCAAGAUUCUCCAAUUACAUUGGAACAAGCAAAGGCGACUCUCUCUGCAGUGGCUGGACUACAUGCUGCUGCAUGGGAAGAUAAAGAACUUCUGGCAAAAGCUGACAAGUGGUUAUCGCGUGGAAGCUAUCAUCUCAAGACGAGAAAUGUAAAGGAGUUGGCUGGUAUGGAACAAUCUUGGGAGCACUUUCGGAGCAACUUUGGGGAGUCUGAUCCAGCUCUAUUUGAUCGAUGUUCUGACAUUGGGAAACGAAUCAAGGAUCUUGCAGAGUACAUUAGUGACGAAGUCUCUCCAGGACCAACAGAUAGGUAUGCGACUCUUUCGCAUGGUGAUUUCAAGGCAAUGAAUUGCUUCCUACCACGGGAAAGUAUGGCUCGUGGUGUCAUCUUAGUUGACUUUGCUAGCACUGGAGUUGGUUUGGGAAUGAGCGAUGUUGCAAUGCACAUCCAUCAUGCGAUAAAGACGGAAGAUUUGGCGAAGGGAGGUGAAGAAGAGCUGUUCGAUCACUACCUAGACCAACUCAAUAUGCAAUUGGGGCCAGACAAGGCAUAUCCAAAAGACGUUGCCCUUCGCCAUUACCGACUUGCUUGUGCUGACUACUUCCGCUUUCUACUUGGACGGUUUUGGAAAUCAGCUACGCCCGAAACCUUUGAAAAGCGAAAGAAUAGCAAGAACACUGUAUUGAUGAACAGAAAUUUGGAAUCAGCAAUGGCCUUUUUGGAUCGAGUUGAGAAACACGUGACAGAAAUUGAGAAAGAAAGAUCUGCCUGUCCAUUGUGA